UUCUCGAUUCUCUCAAGCGUAAUGGGUGAUUUACAAGCAACAAUUGAAUUUUCUGUGGAAUUAUAUAAAUUCUUCAAUGUGGAUUUAUUUCAAAGGGGUUUGUAUCAGGUACGAUGCUCGCUGCGUGUCUCACCCCGUCUACCGGUCCAAAUCGAAACCACAAUACCAGAGACCACAGCCAAUGGCCAACCAGCCGUACAACCCAUUGCCUUGGCGAAUGGUGCUGGCAAUGGAGAUGCUAAUAAUGCGAACGGUUUGGACAAUAAUCAACAGCAGCACCAACAACAACAGCAACCAUCCGAUAUACCACCACUGCCGAAUAAUGUUCACAAUUUAGCCUCGGCCAGCAUAAUUAAUGGGGCAGGAGCCUCACGUGUUUUCCAAAUACUCUAUCGCAACGAGGAAGUGACACUACGUGACGUGAUCUACUUUCGGACACAUUUAUUGGUUGACAGCCGCCAUUUAAAAGAAUCCAUAGAACGUGCAGAAUUUUCAUUACAAUUGGAAUUGUGGUUUGCCGAACAGAAUGCCACAGCAUCCAAUUUGGCAUUGGCCUCGACCCGUACCCUCCAGCUGAAUUUCCAUCCCGGACGUGGCCUCCACUAUCAUCUGCCGGUGCUGUUUGACUAUUUCCAUUUGGCUGCCGUCAGUGUGGGCAUUCAUGCCAGUUUGGUGGCACUGCAUCAGCCGUACAUCAAGUAA